CUCAAGCUCAAAUCCAAAUCUCCCCGCUCAACGACCGAGACCGCCACCUCGCAAUGCGCUCAUUCAGCAACAACAACAACAGCAGCAACAGCGACCCCGAAAGCGUCAGCCCGCUCGUCUCGCCGGAGACAACGCCCACCAAGAAACCUCUGCCUACGCCGGCUCGGAUGCGGGGUCAUAUCAAUGUGAAUGUUAACGUUAAGCCUACGGUGCAGAUGAGGGGGGCAAGGGAUACGGAACCUUCGAGGGAUGGUGCUACCGCUACUGCUACUGCUACCACUAGGAGUACUCGGAUUCCACGCACCGAAGCGGAAGCGGACACCGGAACGGGAAGGGGAAGGGGAAGGACAACAGCGACAACGGCCGAAUUAUCGGAUACGGGGUUCUAUCGGCAGCGAGCGGAGUUGCCUGCGAGGAUGGAGCGGGAGUUGAUUAAUGUUCCGUGGAGCAGGAGGCGAUGGGAGGAGAAGGAGGAGGAGGGGGAGGAGGGGGGAGAAGAUUUCGGUCAUGCAGGUGGGGAUAGCGCGAGGGCGAGGGAGAGGAAGAUUGUGACGGCGGAUGGGGCGGUGAUGGUUGCGAGUAUCCAGACGGUGGGUGGGGAUGAGGUUUUUGAUUGAUCUUCGGAUUGUUUUUGUGUGUUAUCCGGUUGUGGGUUGUGGGCUGUUGGUGUUGGUGUUGGGGAAAGGAGGUUGUUUGGUUUAGCCUGUUGCUUUUUUUUUCAGAGGAUAAUCUUUGGUUGUUUAUAUACAACCUUGUACUCCAUUUGACUACAC